AGUAAACGACAUCUUGUAAAUCCUUAUUUCCGGCCACCUUUAAUUGCUAGGAAAUGUUGUCUGACAUCCGAGAUCUUCAACGUUGAUACUCAGAAGUGUGAAAUUUCAAUCAAGGGGACGUCCUGGAUACAAGAAUUAUACUCCAUGUAUUCACAUGAGAAUAUGACUUUCGAAAGUAUCAGCUCUGAAAAUCGGACUAUAUCUUUACAAAACUUUGGCAGCGAGAGUGUGCCGAAAUUACAUGAAAUUGAGUGGGUAUUCGGGCUGCCGCUUUGUGCUUCACGGCGAGAUGAUUUCAAUUCGAGUCAUUUCAAGUUGACGUCCAACUCAAGCCUGGAGUUCUUGGGUCAAACUUUGGACUGGUCACAGUUUUGUUUCGAAACUUCACGCAUGAAAAAUUCAUCACAGCCCACCACGGAGUCUGUGAUUUACUGCUCGAGUCCACCCCCUGAACCAUCGUUACUCUGGAACGAAAUCCUGGUAGCUUCACUAAUGGCGGUGUCCUGCGUCUUCCUGUUACUGACACUAGUGGCCUACGCCAGCGUCAGUAUUAGUGACACAACCGCUGGUGGCUGCAUCGUGUCUGAGGUGGCAUCGCUACUAGUGUCCUUCCUGCUCCAUAUACUGGCCUACUCGCCAAACGGCCUACAUGGCACCGACUUGUGUUUCAUAAUUGGCGCCGUUAGCCACGCGUCAACGUUAGCUUCCUUCUUCUGGCUUAACCUAAUCUGCUACGACGUCCAUACGACCAUCAGGGGGGUUGCGAUGGAGCAGCGUCGCUUCUCAUGGCGGCGGUACAGCGUGUACGGGGUGUGGGGGUGGGGGAUGCCCCUUCUCCUCGCGGGGGUGGGGGUGUGGGCAGACCUCGCCCCUGGGGAGUACAGCCUGUACAGGCCCCACACCAGGCAAACCUGCUUCCCCAGUAAAGAUGAGCACGGGUCACUGUGGGUGUACGUGUACGGUCCCAUGGCGGCGCUGCUGGGGGUGAACCUGCUGCUGUUCCUGCACCUCACCAUCACCCUCAUCACCGCCACCCGCCGGGCCCUUAGGAUGUCCCGCUGCAGCGCAGCCCAGUCAGUCAUAACCCACCAGUUCAGCGCUGGGAGCAGCUGCGUGAGAGUUGCAGCUGCGGUUUCAUCAGACGUGCACCUGUAGCAGCUGCAGUUUCAAGAACUGCUUCAGCAACAGCUGCAGCUUCAAGGCACAGUUCAGGAACAGUGUCGCUCUCUGUUAUUUCCAACACGUCCAAAACAAGACCUGAAGCGCAGUCUUUCUUGGCGUGAUUUGCACGCUUUGUAUUUUUGGUAAACACGCCAUUUUCGGGAAAAAAGUUUGCGAUUCAUUUAGGUUUUACAUUUCGUAUCAGUUAAGUGUGUAUUGCAGGAGACAGAUCUAUUCCAACAUUUAACAAUACGUUUUCUUCUUGAGUUUAGUUAUCACGGUUAGGAAGAAUCUUGUGGUCAAGAAAACUAGAAGAGUUCUCACCCAAUUAGGCCCAUUGACAGGUAAUUUAUUGAAAUGAUAGUUCUUCCGACAGAACAUUAUUUUUUUUAACUUUGCGCUCAGUGAAGUUGAUCGCUACAAGCCUGACUCAACGCAAUUGCUGCUCGUGCCAAUAACAAAUUGUCUUUUGUUCCUCCGUAAAUUUGUCUUUAAUUUGUUUAUUGCAUUUACUCAGUGGUUUUAAUAUAUCUAAACAAUACACGAACAAUAAAUUUUGCACACGAACGAUCUGAGACACAUUUUUCGUGUCUUUUAAAGUCCUACUUCCUAUAACGAACAAAUAUAAUUAAUAAUACAACCUGCAGAGUACAAUUUUUGUGAGUUAUUAUUAAUUAAUUUUAUGUAAAUAAUACUUAUG